AUGGCUUCUGCUACAAAAUUCAUCCAGAGGGUGCGGAACUGGUUGUCUGGGCAUUAUCUUCAAGAAAAGCUACAGCUGCGGUAUACGGAAAUUUCUACCAGGACUCCACCACCUCCAGCUCUACCUGUGGGUCCAAGCCAUAAAUUUGCCAACAACUAUUAUUGUUCACGUGAUGGACGCAGAGAAGCUAUGCCUCCUUCAAUUGUUAUGUCUUCCCAAAAGGUUCUUGCUGCUGGAGGAACCACGGUCAGCUCAGAUUCAGCAGUUUCGAAAGUUACAAAGAAGCCAGUGAUGCCUGGAGUCUGCCCUCCUAAAUGGGAAUUGUCAUCUGAUCAACCAUACCUGUGA